AUGGUCGGCAGCCUCUUUGAGGAGAUAAGGGCCCGCGCUGUCGAGAUUCGAGUGGCAGCGACAGGCGUCCGACGUGCAGGCAACCGCUUGACGGCGAUCGACAAGCAGUUCAUCCUGGUCUUCCAGACGGAGAUGAAGCAGUUCACCGGCGAGUACGUCAAGAAGCUCAAGAAGCCGCAGAAGACCGCGAUCGUUCAGGAGCUGGAGCAGGCGGAGAAAGAGGCUCGUCGUUUGAAAGCGAAUGGCUAUUCCGCUGAGCAGAUCCUCGAGGACCUUCAGGAGUUGCCGCCCUUUGAACCUCAAUCCGACGAACAUCACCCUUCGGCACACGAGUCUUCAGGCGACGUGCGACUCUACGAGCGUACGGGACAGACGCCCGCUCCGACUGACCUCAUUGACCCACACGACCUCUACACCGGCGGCGGAGUUCAGCACUCGCUCGCCAAGCAGCAGCGCGAGCGCAACGAGGUGCCGGGAUACGGCGAGUCGUGGACGGCGAGGAAGGCGGCGAUCUACGGGAGGUCACUCUAA